AUGGAAAAAACACUUAAAUCAGAAAUAAUCUAUCUAUCUAUCUAUCUAUCUAUCUAUCUAUCUAUCUAUCUAAUACUUUUCAUUCUCUUGUAUUUUACUAAAUUCCUCUUCUCUCACCGUCUUUCGUACACUCCAUCUUUUUUUCUCAACUCUCGUCCUAUGAACGCCGUGAUUCCGCGCUUACAGAUGGAAUCUAUCUAUCUAUCUAUCUAUCUAUCUAUCUAUCUAUCUAUCUAUCUAUCUAUGUGUAUUAAUCGCUUUCUGGUGAAGCAUUUUGUAGAAGUUAACAGAUUUCUAUAUCGUCGUAUAUGGAUGCACAUAAAUGCACAGAAGUUUACACUAUCUAUCUAUCUAUCUAUCUAUCUAUCUAUCUAUCUAUCUAUAUAUAUAUAUAUAAAUUAUAAAACAAGGAUCAUGACAUUUAUCGAUGUGUUUCUAUCUAUCUAUCUAUCUAUCUAUCUAUCUAUCUAUCUAUCUAUCUAUCUAUCUAUCUAUCUUCUUGUUUGA